AUGUCAUGGGGACCCAUCGUCUACCGCACCUCGUACGCCCCCGAAACCAAACGUCUCCUCCCCGUAUUCCUGCGCUACGUCAACAAUUCCAUGCACCAGUCGUUGCGCCGGACGUUACCAGGCUCUGAUGAUGAAAUCCAAAUUCUCACAAAUACAUAUUCUUGCAAGAUUUUCAACUCGCUUGAUAUGUACGCCAAUAUGGACGAGGAAACGGUCCGACAAGUCUUUCAUGAUUUCAAGGUGUCGCUUGGGAUACCUGAAAUAGAGCUUCCGAGUAGACUACGCAUAUGCUUGAUGUUAGAUGACGAAGCGUUAUCGCACUUGAAACAUGUCUUAGAUUCUUCCUCGAUGAUUGAGAGCGAUGCAGAUGUGGGUGGAUGCUGGGUGAAAGUUAUUGAGGAGAAUUUCCCGGAUUCGAGGAUUGGUGAUCACCCGCUUGCGAACCCCGAUACGGAAUGUGUAUCUAGUUCUGUUGAAGAUCGUGGGAUUUAUUCUGGGUGGACUAUGGUGGCACUCGAUGCAUUAGUAGAGGUCUUUGAUGGGCUUCGGCAGAUGAAAUGUUUGGUCGACUAUCAUCGGGAGGGAAAGGUAUACUUGGGAGAGGGCAAAUGGAGCCUUUAG